AUGAGUUUAAUUGAAGCAUUAAGCCGGUCAAAGAAAUCUGACAAGCAAAAUGGAUUUAAUGAUCAAAUUUAUUCACCAAAUAAUAAUUAUCAAUAUUCUCGUCUUAAUAAUAAUCAUGAAUUAAUAACAACAAGAACAAAUAUUGGUAGUAAUAGUGGUAAUAUACAACCAUAUGCAUAUGAUGAUUUAGAUAAUAAAUUUAUAAUUGAUGUUAAACGUAAUAAGGAUGGUAAAUUAGAGCCAUUAGUACGUAAAACAACAACAACAUCAUCAUCACAAUCAUCAUUAUCACCAACAAUAGGUUUAACAUAUAUAGAUAAUAUACCAAGAAUAGAUAAACCAACUAAACCAGCUGGUAUUAUACAUUUUCCAACAUCAUCAUUGUCAUCAGCAAGUUCUUUGAUUUUACAACAAUAUCAAUUACAACAACAACAGCAACAACAACUACAACAACAACAAUUAUCGUCUACAUCACUAUCAUCAUCUAUAAUACAACAACAACAGCAGCAGCAACAUCAGCAAAAUAAAAAAACUUUUAUACCACACUGUAAAAGUGAUAAUAAUGGUAUUGUAUCUAGUUCAUUUUGUACACAAGUUGAUAAUUAUCCAAUUGAUGAUGUUAUUAAAGCAAUACAAGAGGAUUCAACAAAAUUUGAAGCAGUUUUUGGUGAAGAUUCAUUACCUGAAAUACCAACAGAAAUAUCACAACGUAUUGAUCCUGAUUUUGGUGAAGAAACAUUAUGUCAAAGUGUUGAACGUUUAAUUUUUCCACAAGCUGGUAUGACAAAAGAUAAUAAUUGGAGUUUUAUUAUUAAUCAUGAAAAUUAUACACAAGGUAUACGAAUUGAAGAAUGUCUUAAACCUGGUAAACCAUGUUUAAUGGCCGAAAAUUUUCCAAAUGGUUAUAGAACUGAAUGUAAACAAAAAUAUAUAUAUAGACAAUUAUUAAGUAUGAAUGAACAUGGUAUUAUUAAAAAAGAUCAAUUUCAAUUGCCAUCUUGUUGCAAGUGUUAUAUAAAAUCAUAUUAAAAUAUUAUAUUUUUAUAAUAUUAUAAAUAUAAUUAAAAUUAUAUUUAAAAUGCAAUUAAAUAUUAAACUAUAAAAAUAAGAGUAUUGCACUUUGUGCUCAUAAUAAUUGGAUGAUUUCAAAAAUCUUACCGUUAUUUUGAAACAUUUGAUAUUUCGAUAUUGACGUUUUGCAUUUGACAUUUAAAAUUAUUUAUGACACAUUAUGCAAUAGAGCAUUUUUGAAAUCAUCCAUUAUUUUUGAGCACUUACAGGGAAUAUACAAAAUGUGAUAAAUGAAAUAAUUAUUUUUUUUAUAGUUUAAUGUAUUUCUUUUAUCUGUUUUAAUAAUUUAUAAUAGUUUUUUUUUCAAAUUAUAUAAUUAUAGAUAACAUAUUAUAUUUCUUUAUUCUUAUUUUGUAUAACCAAAGGCAACAGGAUGGCUGGCCUAUCCAAAUUAAAAUAUAAUGUUUAUUAAAUAUAAUUUAUUUUUACUUUAAUUAUAAAUAUAAUUAUUUUUAUAUAAUUACUAUGUAUUCUUAUUAUUUAAUGUUAAUUAAUAAUUUAGUUUUAGUAAAUUUAUUUAAAUAUGUUUAUAUUAUGUGAAUUUUAAUAUAAAACUGAGGUUAUAGAAAAUACCUACAUGCAAUUUUGAAAAUUUGAAUGUAAAUUUUAUUUAAUUUUAUCUAAAAUUAUUUUACAUGCGUACGUGCACAUUAUGAAUUUUUGAUGAAAUCAAAUAAAAUCUUUAGUUAUUUAUUAAAUAUGCGAAAUGCAGUCCGACCCAUUUAUAACUAAAAUUGCACUUUUUUUUUUUGCAACUUACAUCCGAGUUCAGUUAAUAAACACAAAUUUUGCUUCUAAACGAAUUUUGUACUCAUCAAAUUAAAUUGACAUGAAUUUUAAACAAAAUGUGCUAAUAAUUUUCAAAUAAAUAGGUUUGUCUAAAUUUAUGGAAGUGUGACACCUGUAAUGUCAGAUUUGAAUUUUAAAUGAAACAGAAAAACAUAGCUUACCUACGAGUAUAUGUAUUUUUUUUAGUUGUAAAAGGACCUGAAAUAAGGGAAAAGGCAGGUAAAUGCGACAAAUUUAUUGAGUUAAUAGGGAGUGUUUGUUUAUAAACCGAUGUGUUUAUUAGCAUGUAAAUCACAAAAUUAAAAAACAGAAAAAUUAUUAAAAGACGUAUAGUUUGAUGCGAAUUUCUUUUAUCCAGGUCCAGACUGUGCAGAUUAAAUUUUACAAUAAAAUAAUUUAGACCAAGACACUAUUGUGUAUAUUAGUAUAGAAAAUUGUUUAAAAAUUAGAAAUAAAAAAAAAACUCUUCUGAAAACGCAGCAACUUAUCUUUUGUUUUGUAAUAGUAUAAAGUUUAUGUUGAUCUUUAGUUAAAUUAUUAUUGAAAAUGCAGAUCCAGUACUAAAUUGAAGUUGUAUCAUAUUAUUUUAUUUUUCUUAAAUGUUAUGAGAAAUUAAAAUUUCUUAAAUAAUUUAAAAAUUUUAUAAAGAAGAUCGACAUUCUCCAUAUUUUUUGAUAUUUAAGCUAUGUCAGUUAGGGAACUAAAAAUACGAUUUUCAUUAAUUGCAUUCGAUUAAUUGCAGAUCUUCAUUUUUGAAACUACU